AUGAGCAUCAUGAAGAUCGCCACACUCUUUUUUGCAGCACUUUCGGCCGUUGAGGCCGCAAAGCUGCUAACUCCCUCUGACAAGAGGGAUAUCGUUCCUGAUUCCUAUAUUGUUGUGAUGAAGGACAAUGUUUCGCCGCUCAAGUUUGACUCUCACAUGAGCUGGGCUACCAACGUUCACCAUGCGAACCUUGCUAGACAAGGAUCGACCGCCACUGGUGGCCUUAAACACGUUUACAGAAUUGAUGGUUGGCAAGGGUACAGCGGAUCAUUUGCCCGAGAGACCAUUGAUAGAAUCCUCGAAAAUGACGAUGUUGACUACGUUGAGCCUGACCGCCGCGUUCAUUUGACUGCUCUAACAACCCAGCCAAAUGCACCAUCUUGGGGUCUCGGGAGAAUUUCACACCGUAACAACGGAAAUUCGAAUUUCGUUUAUGAUGACAGGGCUGGCGAAGGCAUCACUUUUUAUGGCGUGGACACGGGAAUCGAUAUCAACCAUCCUGACUUUGGAGGCCGCGCUGUUUGGGGUACCAACACCGCAGGUGGAUCGGACAGUGAUGGUCAUGGCCACGGAACCCACACGGCAGGGACUGUCGCAGGAGCUUCAUACGGUAUUGCCAAAAAGGCCAAGUUAGUCGCUGUAAAAGUCUUAAGUGAGGGAGGUACUGGCCAAUGGAGCGGCAUCAUCGAAGGUAUUAACUGGAGCGUUAAUCAUGCGCGCGCGAACAACGCUCUUGGAAAAGCUGUCAUGAACAUGUCCCUUGGUGGGAGACUUUCCACCUCUGUGAACCAAGCUACCACUAGGGCCCAACGCGCCGGUAUUUUCAUUGCGGUUGCCGCUGGAAAUGAAGAUCCAUCCGUACAGAGCGAUGCGGCAAACACUUCACCGGCCUCUGCUGAGGAUGUCUGCACUGUUGCUGCCUCAACUGAACAAGACGGCAGGGCGUCUUUCUCCAACUGGGGAAGUAUGGUCGAAAUUUAUGCCCCGGGCACAAAUAUUGUCUCUACGACUCCGGGAGGAAAUACCGGGAAAAUGUCCGGAACCUCCAUGGCCGCUCCCCAUGUUGCUGGUGUUGGCGCAGCUAUUAUGGCCUCCGAAGGCAUUUCCCCCUCCGAAGUUUGCUCCCGCCUCGUAGAGAUUGGGCUAGAACAGAUCAGCAAUCCUGGGAGUGGCACAACAAACAAGCUCCUUUAUAAUAACAGCGGUCGUUAG